CACUUUACCAAGCAGCUCCUCUCUGCCCAGGACUCUGACUGGAAGCAUUGGAAACAGGCAAGAUACUAAAGUGGAAGAUGGGAGGAAGGUAUUCAAGUCCACUGGAUGGAAGACAGCGCAGGUACCUGAGAGGUCGAACUGAUGCCACAGUGAAGAAUUUCAUGCCCUAUUAUCAGAGGCAACUUGCAACCACCUUUCUGAGACGGGUCUCAAAGGAGCUGGAUCCGCAAGGCAAACCUGCUCUACAGCUGCUGCAGAGCAAACUCCAGAAGCCACCUGACGCUCUUCUGCAUGAGGGAUUCCUGACGCAGUAUAAUGGGGACACCUGCAAGUGGAAGAAGAGUUAUUUCAUUUUGCUGGGAAACUGUACCCUGGAGUGGUUUGAUAGUAAAGAGGCCCAGGGGAAAGGAUAUAAGCCCAGAGGAUCCACCACCCUGUCCGGAUACUUGCUGGUGACCUCACUGAGCGAAUACAACAGGCUGAUUGACAGUCUCUGCCAAGGAUUAGUAGUUGACUACACCCACCGAGACCAAGACCCCUUAAAUGGGCCUCCAGAAGAGUUUCUGCUGUUCCUUUAUCAUCCGUUCCGAAAGUCCUUCUGUUUUUGCACAAACUCUGCAAAAUCCCAGCACACCUGGAAAUCUGUCCUUCGAGAUGGGAUCCGAUUUUGCAGCACAGUUUUACAGAGACAGGACUCCUUUGAAGUAGAGGCUUUCCUGGAAGCUGUGCGAUUUUACAGGCAAGAGAAAGGUAGUUACGGAGCAGGGGAUCUCCUCCUGGGAACAGAGCCUGAGAUUCUCAGUAAUGUGCUGAUGGAGGAUUUGCUUCCAGUGCUGCAGUCUCAGGUCCCCCCAAAUCUCAAAGGGUCAGAAAGCAGGAAGAAACAGACCUGGUGCCAAUUCCUAGAGGAGGUUUAUACAUUGGUCCUCAGCCAGGUCUCCAGCGAAUUUCUGGAUUUUCAGAGGGAGAAUGAUAAAAUCCACAUUCAAUUGGAAAAGAAGAUUCGCCCUGAUCUGGAUCAGAUGCUGAUUUUAAAGGAUCAGAUAUCUAUAAAACUCCAAGCGGUGAUCCAGAACCCAGUGGAAUCCUGCUGUCGCCAAGGAGUAGAGCCUGACCUGGACUGUGUGAUGGAGGAGCUCAUACGCCCCAUCAGUUUAGGAUUUGACGUGGUGCGUUCGCUCUUCACAGACAGAAUUGAUGAGAUGAUCAGACAUGUGCAGAGUUUGCCUAGCACCAUCUUCCAGGAAGAGGUUCUCACACUUGGGGAAAUGCCCUGGAAACCUGGAUUCAUGGAGCCAUGUUACGAGAAGGCUAAUCUCUACAAAGACAGUCUGCAAGGACUGAAGGAGAAAUUUGGCUUUCAUGGUGUGGCAAGUUUAGUCCUCCGAGCCCAAAACCUCAUGCAGCAGCUAAUGCAGAAUUCGGUCCAUACAUUCCACCAGCUUUCAGAGCAACAUCUGAGCUUGGCAACUAACCACAGCCAAAUCACACAGACUCUGGAAAAGAUCAAAACUCGUGUGCUGAAGAAAUUUGACUAUGACAGCAGUUCCACCAGGAAGCAGUUUGCACAAGAGUGGCUGGUUCAGAUCUUUCUUCCCUUUCUGCUGAAGAAUCUGGAGCCUAGAUGUAAACUGGAGCUGCCCAAGUAUGAAAAUUACGUGUUUGCUGACUUCAGUGGCAUCAUCAAUGUUGAAAAUAUUUAUGAAGAAAUGGUUCUGGCUGUUUUGCAGCAGGCAGUCACCAAAGCCUUGAAAGAGGCUUCAAGUCAAAACAGACAUAAUCUUUACAGUGACAGCUUCUCCUGUGUUCUGGAUAGCGUGGACAACUUGCUGCAGCAGGACAGAGUCCAGGACCACUCUGAAAUAAGGACAGGAGCCUUGGGUGGUAAUGCCACAUCAGACACCGUGAACCUCAUCUCCUGUCAAGUCAGUGAGACCACUUCAGACAAGAAAGCAUGGAAAUAUGAAGGAAGCUCAGCUGGGGCUGCAAAUCCUCCCACAGACAAAGGGCAGAUCUGCCCAGUAACUUCCCAUUGCCAUAAAGAAGCAGAAAAAUCUUUGAGGGUGUUGCCUGAUGGUAGGAAUUGGAGACACAAGAAGGCCUUGGAACCAGACAUGCGAAGCAGCUGCAUUACUGAAUCUGCAGGACAUGUUGCAGAGAAGACUGUAGUUGUGUCUGAGGCUGAAAUCAAUAUGUGCACAGGAGACCCAAAUAAAAACAAAUGUAAUGACAAAUCAUGGAACCCUUUUGCAAGGAGCAAAGAUCUACAAGAGCCACAGAACAUCAUAAAUGAACAUUCUGUAGACAAAGCUGCUGUAGAGAAGAUAGAAGAGGAAUGGGGGAGGGCGGUGUUUGAGCAAGGAGGUCAAGGGCAGGAUGGAGAAUUAGAGUUAAAUCCAGCUUGGAUUAAAGGAUCAGGACAGUGUGGUAAGAAUAACCAAAAAUACAGAGAGUUAUUGCAGGAUCAAGAAGGUCCCUGCGAGGAAUCUUGUAACUACACUUUUUUUGCAAGUACAAACAUGUCCAAGAACCAGAGUCCAACCCCAGACAGUACAAAUUCUGACAACUCUCAGGCUAACUGUUGGCCUAAUACCAAUUCAUUCCAGGUUAUGGAUUUGGACAGAGAUACAUAUAGGGACAACGGAGGUUUAACAGAGGGAAAAUUACAAAGAUCAGCAACAAAUCAUGUGGCAUCAAUUGAGUGGGAUGGAGACAAGUUAGGAGAAAAUCGGAGUAGUUGGGAAAUGCAAACAGUAUCAGUGUGUGAAGGCAAAUGCAGGGUGGAGGAAGCUUGCAAUGGGCAAAUGAUCUCUCACUGUCCAUUUUCUGUGAAAGAAAUGAGGGAUGCCACUUGGACACACCGACUUCAGGAACAUGGUGAUGAAAUGAUCACAGAAUUACAUGUCCAAAAGUUGGUUCCUGCGGAGGAUCUGGAAAGAAAGAUCUGUCAGCUGGAGCUAGGGCACAAUGUUCAUGAGGAAUUCAAGGGGCAUAGGCAUGCAGGUGGACUGGCUGAAGGUAAGUCUGCUCCCUUUUUACUCACUGGAAGCCUGAGAUACGAACAUGAGCAUGAGGGUCCUGUCCCUGGGCACCAAGAAGAAUCUAAUCAAGUAACCUGCCAGACAUUGCAGUCCCAACAGGAAAUGAACAAGGAGGAGAUGACAGAGGCAGACUUUAAUGAGAUAGACAAGACUGUUUUUCUAGAGUGUCUAUCCAUAGCUAUCGAAAUGGAAAUCUUCCAAACAGAUCUGCUGGAAAUGGAUCUCGAAGACAACAGAGAUCAGGGAAGUGGUUGUCAACAAACUGAACCUCUGAAAUAGAAGUACAAGGAGCAAGAUCCAACUGACAUUGACCAUCAUGGAGCAGAGAGACGACAAAGCUUAAUACACACCUUCAACUUUCCUGAUACAAUGAUGAAUGCUUCAUAUCCCUAUAUUAGCAAAUAAUGGAGAGUGUCAAGGCAACUGAGGCUAUAAAGGGGCUGCCAGUUGCAUGGCAGUUGCAGGUUAUCACAGGCGGUUCAGCAGCACUGACCAAGACUUAGUGGGAGAUGCAGAGAUUUUCAGUCUCAAGGCCUUAUGAAUGUGAACUGAAAGAACUGGAAUUGGUCUGGCUUCUCAGAGCAGAAAACUGAGCAAAAGCUGAGGGAUUGGAAAGGAAUGAACUGCUCCUUUGUGAACAUUUAUGUAAGACAUGUAAUAUUUAUGCAUAUCAUAUAGUGUAUCUUAAUACCCCCAUGCUCUUAAUUCUCACCUUUCUGCCCUUCGUCCCGGUGUGGCUUUUCAUUCUAUUAGUAAGUGAUAAUACUGAAGGUGUUUGUAAGGGGUCUUCAAGUCAGGGUGUGUACACAAUACAGUAUUCUGUGGUUAUCUCAUGGUAUUGAUGUCCUGGAACAGUGUUUCAGAGAGAAAGAAAAGAAAUUCUGCAGCUAUGAAGACAUCACUAAUAAAACCUUCCCAGUUUCUUCAAACAGCAUACACUGAUACAGUUUCUGUCCUGUUACUCUCUCAGACAGUGCAAAGAGAGUGAAGCCUAGACCCAUUCUGCUAACUUGGGGCUUCCUGCGAGUACAGAGCUGACACAGUCAGAUCCUGUCACCCUCCUUGGAGCCCCCAGUGCAGUAGGGAGGAUGGAGGUUAUGAGGAAUGGAAGAGGAGUAGCUGGAGUGUGCUUCGGUUACAGCCAUGCUCAGGUGGAGAAGUGGGGCCCCACAUUAUGCAUUGCCAAGCAUAAACUCAAAACAAAAAAUCUGCUCCACUGUAUCUAGCUUCUUUAUACUUGUUUCUUCCAAGGCAGUUAUAGUAGGGGAAGACAGUGAAGUGGUGUCAUCACUGAUAUUUUGGGCCCAACCCCGCUGCUGUUGAAAUUAACAACUCAUGGAGUUCAAUGAGCAGGAUUGGGCCCAUUGUGUAAUAAGGCUCAAGGAGACUUUCUUACAGUGGCACAAGGAUACCUAUUUAAUCCAUUUAUUAUGUGUUUGCUAAGCUGGAGUGACCCUCAGAACCUGAAGUUCAUUGGAAUGGUUGCGUAACAGAGGUAAUAUCUGUUUUAUGUGUAAAACUUCACCCCAAAAUAGAAGCUACUAAUUUAAAACUUCAGAUAUGUAAAAACCUUUUAGUGAAUUUUUAAUAAUGUUCAUGCCUCAUGCUGACCUGUAAUUUGCUAAGAGAAGGGAACUCUAUCUAGUGUUGUCUUUUUCUAAUCCCCACCAUGCUGUCAUACUUUUAAAGUUUUUAUUACAAUAUAUGGCUUAUUAUUUAAUCCAUAAAAGCCUAUGUAUCUUAUACCAACAGGUGUUUACAGUUAAGUACUAAUAUCAUUAGAUAGUGAUGUAAAAUAUGUAAUCUGGUGUAGUUAUUUGAAUAAACCUAUUAACAUUCAAAGUGUGGUGUUUACAAAACUGUCACUUCAUAAUUUUGUGGUUUUCAAAAAGAGAACAAAUGUAUUCAUGUUUCUGUAUUUCAUAAACACAAUUUCUUGUGCAUCCACCCCCACUGAGAUGAUUCUUAACAGGGCCGGCUCCAGGGUUUUGGCUGCCCCAAGCAGCCAAAACAAAACAAAACAAGCCGCGAUCGUGAUCUGCGGCGGCAAUUCGGCGGGAGGUCCUUCUCUCCGAGCGGCAGUGAGGGACUGU